AUGCGUGUCCAAAGUCUUCUUGUCACCGUCGCAGCUUGCGUCUCGUUCGCCUCUGGUGCGCCAGUUGUCGCCGAGGCAUAUGGCCCUCCUACCAGCCCGGAUGUCAUCUCCAAGAAAGACACCGUGGAGGCGUACGGACCUCCCGUCAAUCCGCACAUCAUCUCCAAAAAGGACACCGUCGAAGCGUACGGCCCGCCUGUGAACCCGCAUAUCAUUUCGAAGAAAGACACAGUCGAGGCCUACGGGCCUCCUGUGAAUCCCCACAUCAUUUCCAAGACAAAGAAGGAUACCGUCGAGGCCUACGGUCCUCCCAUAAACCCUCAUAUCCCGGCUGUGGAGGAGAAGCGCGAGACUGUCGAGGCAUACGGCCCACCGAUCAGCCCUCACAUCAUUAGCUAG